AUGAUGAAUGCCUGCACGAACAUCGAGAGUGGAUGCAAGGACGAUGCCGGAAACAAACUUCCGAUUUUCAAGUCCUACCCGGCCAAGAAGGGCAAGUGCGGCAUCAUGUUCGUUGACCGUAUCGAGAUCCACGACUCUCGUUUUUUUGGCCACGGGUUGGGACCUUUCUUGCUCAAUACUGGGCUGAAGUACAUCGACGAGGAGUUCAUGAAUGAGACGGGACCAGUGUACCUGAAGCCGUUUCCGCUGUUGUGGGAAAAGAUGGAAGGCGAUGCACCUCCGGCGCCGGACGAUGCAUUCAAGAGGAAAACUCUGUCUGAGGCGCAGAAUCAAGAAAUGCAUCGGGACAUCUUGAAAUUGAUCGGGUGGUGGAAAAAACUAGGCUUCAAGGAAGUGAAUGGCUCGAAAGGGGGCGGUUUCGACAAGUACGACUACGGCGACAUGGUCCGCGGCGUCAGUCCGUAA